AUGCGUGGUACGAUCCUACGCCGUCUCUAUCCUUCGGCCAAGCUCCCUGUCGCUCGGUAUUCAUUCGCGCGACCAUUCUCCACAUACCAAGAACACCAGAAGGCUUCAUCUUUUUGGACCCUUACAUUUACAUUAGCUGUCGUUGGAGGAGGCGCUUGGCUCCAGGACAGAUACUUCAAUCCCAAAGACACAAUCACUUCGCAGCUCCGACUCCCUCAAAAACCCUCCCUCGGGGUAAUCGAUACCCUCGCGACCAUGCCCGCCGAACUCGCCCCCGGAACAGUCGGGAACCUCACCCCUGAGCAAAAGGUCAAGCUAAAGGAAUUUUGGGUCCUGGCACUGAAAGUCUUCGGCCUCACACUCGAAGGACUCGAAGCGCCCCCGUCCACCGCCACCAGCGAAGCCGCAACACCCGCCCCAGCCCAGGAUAAGAAGAAGUCCAAGGGCCGGUGGGGAUUUUUCGGCCGCGCCGACGAUGAGGACACGAACAGCGGUUCCGGCACUGCUUCCAGCGUAUCUUCGAUCAGCGUCGCCGAUGGCGACGACAAGUACGGUCAGUCCAAGGAGUUCAAACAGGCACUGGAGGACAUGAAGCCCGAGGAGAUCCGCACGGCGUUCUGGAGCAUGGUGAAGGGUGAUAACCCCGACUCGCUGUUGCUGCGGUUCCUGCGUGCGCGCAAGUGGGAUACCAAGAAAGCGCUUGUUAUGUUGAUUUCCACGAUGCGCUGGCGACUGCUGGAAAUGCAUGUCGACGACGAUAUCAUGUUCAACGGUGAGGCGUCGGCUUUGAAGAUGUCACAGGGCUCUGAUCCCAAGGAGAAGAAGAAGGGUGAUGACUUCUUAACGCAGAUGCGUCUCGGUAAGAGUUUCCUGCACGGUGUUGAUCGUGCUGGUCGGCCCAUCUGUGUUGUUCGUGUGCGCUUGCAUAAGGCUGGUGAUCAGGAUAAUGAAGGCUUGGAGCGGUUUACUGUUUAUACUAUUGAGACUGCGCGUUUGUUGCUCGCGCCGCCGAUUGAGACUGCCACUAUUGUCUUUGAUAUGACGGACUUCGGUAUGGCCAAUAUGGAUUACGCCCCGGUGAAAUUCAUGAUUAAAUGCUUCGAAGCGAAUUACCCCGAGUCUCUCGGGGCAGUGCUCAUUCACAAGGCUCCUUGGUUAUUCUCAAGCAUCUGGAGCGUGAUCAAGGGCUGGCUCGACCCAGUCGUCGCAGCAAAGAUCCACUUCACGAAGAACCGCCAGGAUCUCGAAAACUUCAUCCACCCAAGCCAAAUCAUGAAGGAGCUCGAAGGCGAUGAAGACUGGGAAUACAAAUACGUCGAGGUGCCGGAGAACGAGAACCCCAAGAUGGCCGACAAGGAAACGCGGGAUACCCUGAUGGCCGAGCGCCAAAAGCUCGCCCAGGAGAUCCAGGAUACCACCGUUGAGUGGAUCCGUGCCAGCUUCAAGAAGGAGACUGACGCUGCCUCUGCUGCUGAGGAGAAGCGGAAGGGUUUGAUCGAGCAGCUGCGUUCGCACUACUGGGUUCUUGACCCGUAUGUCCGGGCUCGUUCGCUCUACGACAGACUCAAUAUUGUCCAGGGCGGUGGGAAGAUUAACUUCUAUCCUGGCUCGGAGAAGGAAGCGGAGAGUACAUCGGCAUAA